AUGGAAUCAUCAGACUAUUUCAAUAGAGGCAUAAAACUUAGGAACUGGGAAGAAAUUGUCGAGAUUUUUCGUGAAGCUGGCGAUUCCGAAGAAAAGAAAAAAGCUUUGGGUAUUCUAUUGCAAAAGAAGUGGAAAGGGUUGCGUGAUGGAUUUGUAAGAGAAAUUAAGAGGAAGAAAACCACUCCGUCAGGAUCAGGAGCCUCCGGCAAAACCAAAUAUAUUUAUUUUGAACGUCUGAAGUUCCUCGAACGAUCGAUACACAAUAAAACAACUGACAGCAAUAUCAAUACCACGUCUGCUACAGCAGAGGAACAGGACUUUUCUGGCGAUGAAGAAGAUGUAGUCAGAUGUAGUAGUUAG